AUGUCAGAUUCCGAGGACGAUUUCAUGUCUGACAAAUACCUGAUCGACCUCCCUUCUUCGUCCAGUUCCAAAAAUACGAAAUCAUAUAGUGAAAAGCGUAAUAUCGACCAGCUCAAAUCGUUGAGAAUGGGUCAAGCGAAGAAUCAAUUACCUCUCAAACAAUUGGAAGAACAGCGGAGAAAGGAAGGAUUGUCCACCAGCUUGUUUGACAGUCCGGCAGAGAAGAAGAAUGUGGGAAUGGGAUUGAUGCAGAAGAUGGGUUGGAAUGUUGGUGAAUCACUAGGUAAAAAACGAUCUCCCCCUCCUCCUUCUUCUACUACUACUGGUAGUCGAGGAGGCGGGGGACUGGGUAAAAGAUCGAAGUUCUUACCUGGAGAUGCACUUGAAGAUCAAGACGAAGACGAACCCAAACGAGGAGGUAUAGGUUCAACAUCAAUAUCGAAGAAUAGGAUAGAACCAAUUAGGAUAUCAAUGUGGUCAGGUCGUAAGGGUUUAUCAGCCAGAUCACCUUCUCCGCCUCCUCUACCGAAGAACACGUCAGGGAGAGACCCCGAUGCGUUGGAUCCUGAGAAAUUGGAGAGGCUGAAUAACCAAACGGAAGGGUUUAGGGAGAGGCAGAGGGCAGAGUAUGGAGAGAAAGAGAGGGAAAGGAAAGGGAGGGCGGCGAGAGAAAAAUUGAGGGAGUUUGAUAUAGAGAAGGGUGUCAAGUUCCACCCCCUCCACAUCCUCCCUUUCUCACCACUCACCACGGUCCCCCGACCCCUACUCAAACACAUCUAUCCUUCUCAGGUAUUCUCACCGUCUCCUUCGCCUCCGCCCAAUCUGGGCGGUGUAGAGGGCUACGAGAAAGAGAGUAAUCUCAGUGCAGCCGCAAAGUUAAGAGAUCAGAUGAGGAAGGAUAUGUUAUCGACAUUGAAACCAGAUGACAACGACGAGGAUGGUGAAGGUGUGAUAAGAUUCGGAGUAAUAGACGGUUCCGAACCAGGUCAAGAACAAGGCAAGAAAUUGCCCACUCAGAAGUUGGAUGAGAACGAGGAUGAGUAUAAGGGUGUCAAUUGGGAAGAACAUGUGAAUGGAGCAAAGAGAGUAUUGAGUAUGGAUCCAUCGACCUACCUCCAAUUCGUGGUCGAUCAACUCCGUACCGAACACCUAUUCUGCUUUUGGUGCUCAUACAGAUACAGUUCGUUUGAAGAGAUGGACGCACCAGAUGGUUGUCCAGGUGAAGAAGAGGAUGAUCAUUAG